UUUUUAAAAAGGCUAAAGAGGUAAUGAGGAAAAAAAAACAAAGAGAGAUGCCUCCUACUGGAGGCUCUCAGACUGGCUUCUCUGAAAAUGGGGAGAUGGAAUCAGACUCUGGUUUAGCAAAUUCCCCAGAGGGCUCUCUAGACAGGCCCCAUUCUACUUCCAAUGACCCUCAUGGAGGCUUCUCAGAGUUUGACUCCCAAAUAGCAUCUGAUGUAGAAGAUCCCUCUAAUGAUCCCAUAGAGGAACCCCCAAGUAACCCCGAAAAUGCAGAGGUGUAUAUGGAAAGAGUGAGAAGUUGGCAACAUGAAUUACCUAGAUUUGGGGGGUCAGUAUAUUGUGAGGAAUUUCGUUUUGUCAAUCUUGAGCAAGUAAAUUCAGCUCAGCAGGUUGUUGAAGCCAUACACCAAGGAAUACAGUUGGUGCUCGAUGAUGUUAAUGGUAGGGUAGGCCCUGAUGAUUACGUUCAGUUACGUUUAGAGAGCCGUAAUUUAGCUAACCCUUUGUUUUCAGUCAGAAGAACUAGGGAUGAGCUAUCUGCUGAGGAUUUCUUAAAUCAGACCUCAAAGCUGCUACAGAGCAAUAGAGAGUUGCAUCUCGAUGGGACAUUGCGCCUUGUUGUGACAGUUGUGAAAAACAGGGGUGGGGGUGCUCGUAGAGUUUUAAAUUCUAUCCUUAGUAGUCAAAUUAUUCAUAAAAAAAGACAGUGUUUGGUAGACCUGACUUACACCGGUACCAAUCUGUGUUUUGCUGGUGGCCUUUUGGCCGUCAUGUCCGAUCGUAAACCUACGGACACGGAAUUGUUAGCGGAGGCGAGAAAGUUGCAUGAGAAACUGGGGUGGUCAGAUCAAAAAAAGAUUCUGGUCAGUGACGUAGCAAAGUUUGAACAGCAUUUAGGAGUGAACAUACACGUGGUGCUUUAUACGGAAAAAGGUGGCUGGGGCUUUUUUAAAACAGGAGGCCUCACGUACCCCAAGACUUAUUUCAUCCUGUUGCACGAUGAGCAUUACUAUGGAGUUCUGGAUGUGAAAAAGUUGUUUGGAGCGAAAAAUUAUUGUGAGUUUUGCCACACGCUGUCUGAGCACGUUACACUCAAGCAGAGGCGGCAACGAUACCUACAAGAGUGGUCGUGGCUGUACACCGUGUGGCAAAACUCACAAUAA